GUAUGAUUGGUGUUUAUGUUAAGACGAGUGUAGAGUGAAAAAUGACCACAAAAAGAGUUAGAAUAAUCCAAUCCUAAAAAAAAAAAAGAAAAAAAAAAAAAAAAACUGGGAAUGUGUGUUGUUAAGUUCAUCAUCUGAAUGUUGAAGAAGAGAGAGAAAGUAAGAGUGGGUAUGCUUUUGAAUGCGGUUUAAGACAUGGUUUAGGUCUACCAACUGGUAGUUAGCUUCUUAAACCCCGUCCUUUGAAGCAAACUAAUAUAGUUUUUGUGAGAGAAAGAGUUACCAACUACUCUUCUUUCUAUUCAAUUUCUUCUUUGUUUUCACCUUUUCUUUCAUUUUUAUUCUUAAAUUUCUUACUCACACGUGCCAAUGGUGGAAUAUGAUUGAUGAUUGAUCAAAUUCAAAUAAAUAAAAAAGAAGGUUGUAGCUUGUAGUAGUACCACUACUUAACUAUUCUUUCUCUCUCUACUUACCUUUUAUUUAAUCUUUCAUAGCCACUCAUUAUUAUUUUGUUUAGGGAAGAAAUUUCAUUUCUUUUAUUUUAAUUUCAAUUUUAAUUUUAAUAUAUAUGGAGAAGUCUCUGUUGGUUACAACUUACAACAAGCACAAGUAUAUUAUUCUAUAAUUGUGUGUGUCAUUGUUUGAUUGAAAAGGGUUUUCUGGGUGUUGGCUUAUGCAAAAUCUCUUGGGAUCAGUUUGUCUUUUGUGUUUAAGCUUUUUAUGCUUUUUAUUUUUUUUACCAGUUUUUAGCUUAUAUUUGUUCCCAUUAAUAGGCACAUCAUCUUUGAGGUACUCUACAAACUAUCUUCAUCUUCCUAUGUGUUCUUUUUUCUUCAUGUUUUAAUUACUUCAUACUUCACUUUGCUUCAUUUCUAUUCUGGGUUGACUUGCUUCAGUUUUUGGGUGCUUUUUCUGAAAUGAUCUGGUUUGCUUUAUUAAUACUUGUGGUGUGGUGUUACUGGUCCAUGAACUGAUCUUAUGACAUAUGAAGAUUUCUGCUGAUGUUCUGCUUCUGGAUUUGUGCUUCUACAUUACAAGUUUUUAAGGAAAAGUGAGAGAGACACGAAUGGCCACUUAUUACCCUAGUUCUAGUGCUCAGCUUGAUGUUAUGUCAGCUCCUUAUGUCAGGGACCAAAAGUUUGCAUCAUAUUCUGAGUCGCAUCUUCUUAAUGGAAAUAUGAUGAUGUACCUUACAUCUUCUUCUUCACCUGGGUCUUUCUCUGAGGUUUCUCCUGGUUCCUCAAUGAAUCCCCAAAAUGGUGUUGAAAUUCCUGCCAUUAAUGCCAGAAAUGAGAUGAUGUUCAUCCCACCUACAGCUACAGGUGAUUCAAUGUGUAUUCAACCCAUCAGUGGGCCUCUAAACUCGGUUGCUGGUGAAAAUGUCGGAAACUCUAUGCCGGGAGAGCUUCAACUGACAUCUAGGAGUCAAAUGAAUAUGGUAGAUGGUGAACAGAAUUUGCAAGGAUUGUCACUUAGCUUAAGUACUCAGAUGUCAACAGCGGUUUCAACAUCUCAAUUUCAGUACCAAUACUCCAACCCAGGACUUUCUUCUGUCCUAAGUCCUCAUCUUCCCUUAUCUGCUGAGAAUAAUGUUAGGCAUAUGGGCUGUAAAGUUGAUGAUGCUUCCACAAACAAGGAUAUGAGAAAUUCUGAUUAUUUUCCUUAUGAAGUGCAAGGAGAGGGACACAAUAGUAUUAGGUUUGGAGCUCUGAAUCAUUCACAAUACUCAGUAAACCCAAAAUCUGUUAACUGUAAUCCCUAUCAAUAUGAACAGGCUGGAAUGGCCAACACACUUUUGAAAUCCAAGUAUAUGAAGGUUGCACAACAGUUGUUGGAUGAAGUAGUUAAUGUUCGAGAUGCUCUUAAGCGGUCUGAUUCUGGAAGAGACCAAAAUUCAAAUAAAGAGGAUGAAAGUUCCAAAGAGGCUAAGGUUGGAUCACAGGCUGCAUCAGAAUCUAAUGAGCCUCCUGCAGGGUCUGGCUCCGCUCAGGAACUUUCUCCUGCAGAACGACAAGAACUGCAGAGCAAAUUGGACAAGCUUCACUCCAUGUUGGAUGAGGUAGAUAGAAGAUACAAGCAAUAUUGCCAUCAAAUGCAAAUACUGGUGUCAUCUUUUGAUGUGGUAGCAGGGGGUGGGGCAGCUAAACCUUACACAGCACUAGCCCUUAAGACAAUAUCUCGUCAUUUCCGAUGCUUGCGCGAUGCCAUAACUGGCCAAAUUCAAGCAACCCGUAAAAGCCUUGGGGAGCAAGACAAUGGUCUUGGAGGAGCAAUUCCUCGUCUUCGUUAUGUGGAUCAACAACUCAGACAGCAGAGAGCCCUUCAGCAAUUUGGUAUGAUGCGCCAUGCUUGGAGGCCUCAGAGAGGACUUCCUGAAAGUGCUGUAACCAUUCUUCGCGCUUGGCUUUUCGAGCACUUUCUUCAUCCAUACCCAAAGGAUUCAGAAAAGAUAAUGCUGGCUAGGCAAACAGGAUUGACUAGAAGCCAGGUUGCAAACUGGUUUAUAAACGCACGAGUGCGUCUUUGGAAGCCAAUGGUGGAAGAAAUGUACAAAGAAGAAUUUGGAGAAGCAGAUAUACUAAAUUCUAGAUCCUCUCCGGAAAACACACCCAAAUUAACAAGGGAAAAAUCAUGGGGAUCCGAGGAUAGGAGAGAAGAUAUGCAAGAAAGCUCGACCUCUAUAGCGCACGAUUCAAAGAUCAAUAUGAACCAAGGGAUUGGAGGUCUAGGAAGUAAUGACAAUAACCAUGGAUUUUACAGUAAUAAUGCGUCACUUUCCUCCCCUGAUCCUAAUCAUCCUCAUCUCAUUGUUUCAAAUGCUGCUUACCACAUACCUGAGUUGGGUAACUUUAGUGUAGACAACCAAGUUUCUCUUGCCUUGGGAUUACGACAUCGUGAAGGAGAUGUUACGUUUCGGGGUAACCCAACUACAGAAGCUACAAUGGGAGUUGGCACAUCAGAAUAUAAUCCUUACCUUGAGCAAGUUAAUCAGCAACAUAGGUUUGGUAACCCAUCUCACAUUCUAAAUGAUUUUGUAGCUUGAAUAAAAUGCAAAAUCAUAAAUACUACUCUAGUCUCUAGAGUACAUCUUUAUAUCAAUAAAGUGGGGUUAGAACAUAUUAUACUGAACCUUAGAAAUAGUAAUAUCUGCAUUUUUUCUUUCACUCCUGCUAUUCUUAUCAAGCGCUUCUGCUGUGCAUUUUGUGAAAAUUUCUAGCAGACCGCUAAGUGGGAAAAGGCGAUGGAGUGUUGUGUAAACUUCAUUUGGAUAUAUUGUUGUAGAUUUACCCAGAUGUAAUAUGCAUUAUAGAUACUGGAAUUUGGAUGGAUAUAUAGCAUAUAUUUGUACAAGAUAGGAUUAUUCAUGUAAUUUUGUGCGACAUUUUGGUAAAAAGAAAUAAAAUUGAUAUAAAACAUUAAGAGUA